CUCUUGCAGAACUCUAAAUAGUUGCUUCCGCCCCAUAACGGUCCUCUCAGGGAGCCUCCGAGCUGUUUACAGAAUCCGAGAGUUCCUGCAGUACAUUUCCAUGAGCUCAUGAGCAGCUCCAGCUGUACCUUUUCCAUUUCACAUGUGCCCGAGAAUAUCUGUGCUGCUCAAGCCCUGCUUUGGGCUUGCGCUUUAAAGACAACGCAGCAGAAGGAAGGUGGUUAAUUACCGUGUCAUCAGGACAUCUUUACAAUCCCUGCUUUGGUCACUUCGUUAAAGCAAUCAGAAUGCCAUUUCUCGCCUGCCUCUCUAUGCUAAUCAGCUAGUUGAGACUCCUCCCCCUCCAGCCUCCCUUAAGAACUGUACACAUCCAGCUGUCACAGGGGCGAACUCCAACCAGGCAGAUUUAAACCUUGAUUUAACCCUGCAGCACUCUCCCCAUUUGCUUGUACGAUUCUCUGGCAGUCCUCUCUAUACUAGAGGGACUGAACGUCCUAUCAGAGAAGGACUUGAAAACGGCUAAAACUGACCAAGAGAGCUAAUUUCGCUGAGAGACAUCUUUUCUUUUUGUACGUUCUUAAAGGAGAAAGUUUCAGGGCGCUUUGGAAUAAACUAAGAAUUAAGUCGUGUUUCCAGCCAAAUAAGUUGGCAUCUUGGUAGACAGGAGGUGCAACACUGGUAAAUAUUUACUGCAGAAAUCUUAACCAGGAGAAACUCUGGCAUGUUCUUCGAGGGGUAAAUAUUUUACAUGCAAGGCAAGAUCUGCGCGUGCCUCUGUGUUCUUUCCAAGUGACUUCUGAAGAAGACAGUUUUAGAUAUCUGGCUGAGACGAAAUGCGCUAGCGGUCCCCAAGCCACAGCCAGAUCGUUGGUGCCAUGUCUACAACACCAAGGAAAGACGACAGCCACCUGUUCACCAGUGUGCGCCCUUGUCAGCUGAAGGUGCAGGAGGAGCAGCAACCACAAGAAAAAUAUGUCAUUGCUCAACCAAUAUUUGUUUUUGAGAAAGGAGAACACAAUUUUAAGAGACCUGCAGAAGACAGCCUGGAUGAAGCAGCAGAGCUUGAAUUCACUGGCUUCUUGAGAAAGCGUGUAAGGUCUUCAUCUGUUACGCUUCGUACUACAGAUUCUCAGUCUCUAGGAGAUCUGAAUUGUUCUCCAAACAACAGAGUUCCAGUCGAACUAGACAAAAGACCCAGUUCCUUAAUGACCUGCAUUUGCAAUCUGCUUUUAGUGGCAGCCUUGUCUCAGGCGCGCCUGAGGUCCUCGUCAUUCACUGAUGUCCCAACCUUCCCUCCCUCCAGGCCAGUGAGGAAAAACAAUGUUUUUAUGACAUCACGUCUGCUGCAAAGGAAUGAUGAUAUGAACAACGUAGGGCAAGGUCCCCCCGUGAGACCUUCGGACCAUGUUCUACGACCCGCUGUUCUACAGCCAUCUCGAACUCAGAGCUGUCAAAAAGGAGGCACAACACUUGGGCCUGGUGCAUCGAAAACCUGCGAAACUAAGGAAAAUACCGAGCACAAGAUUUCUGAAGCGGACUCUAGUUUACUAAGUGAAAAUUUAUCAAAUGCCAGAAGUUCAGUCCAGAUGUCUACUGAUCCAUGCAUCUCAGAGGCACCAUCAGGAGGCCAUCCAAAGGAAGACGAGUGUUCAUUUACAAGCUGCAGCUCUGACUUCGUUUUUGGAGAAAACAUGGUGGAAAGAGUUUUGGGCACUCAAAAGCUUACCCAGCAUCCACUUCAAAAUCUUUCAUAUGCCAAGGAAAAAUCAUUCAAAUCUCUUUUGAAGUUUCCUAAUGUUGCUUCAAAUUCAGCAGAACCUAUUAAAAACAUAUCCCUAAUCGAAUCAGCAGCUGCUUUUUCCUCCAAACCAUCACAAAAAUGCUUGCUUGAGAAGAUCGAUGUCAUAACAGGAGAAGAAACAGAACAUAAUGUGUUAAAGAUCAACUGCAAGAUCUUUGUAUUCAACAAAGCCACACAGUCCUGGAGUGAAAGAGGCCAAGGGGUUUUGAGACUGAACGACACAGCCGGCAGUGAGUGCGGGACGCUGCAGUCAAGACUGAUCAUGCGCAACCAAGGCAGCCUGAGGCUGGUUCUCAAUAGCAGACUCUGGGCUCAGAUGAGGACUCAAAGAGCAAGUCAUAAAAGCUUGCGGAUAACCGCGACUGAUUUAGAAGACGACCGCAUAAAAAUAUUCUUAAUUCAGGCUAGUGCCAAAGACAUAGGCUUUCUGUAUGCAGCAAUACACCACCGUCUCGUUGCCCUUCGAAGCCUCGGUCAGCAGGGUGAUGGUGGUCCAGCCGGAAAACAGGCGGAUACAGUCCUGCCGCAGGUCAGCGGCGGGAGCUGUGAUGAGGAUGAGGAUGACAUCACACAAGUCACUAAAACUGGACCAGAUCCUUCAAGGUGGAACCACAGACAGUCAAUUGUCUGUUUGUAAGCCUUCUCUGCUAAAAACGUGACAUCUACAGAAAGAGUAGCCACUCCACUGAAACGCCAGACCAUCCUGAGAAGACUCUACUCCCACCUUAAAGAGUUUUUUUUAAUUAAAGAAACAAACACAGUUAUUGUAAUUAAAAGUUUUAUGUUUUACAUUUUUAUUAUUGUGGACAGAAUUUAAGAAAUGAACUUCAGAAUUUAUCCUUUUGUGGAUUACUCUAGAAUAGUAUUUGUUAAUUAAUUUGGACUAUUCAUCACAUUGAUGGAUAUAUUAAUUAAAAGUACAAAUGUUGGCUUUGAUAAACCUUUGAUAAAUAUCUAAAGUAUUUAUUUUAAGCCAUACAUUGUCUGGCUAUAGAACAAAUAUUUUACUAAAUUUACAGUCAUCUCUUUAAAAAAAUAUAACUGCAAGGCAUUUCAUUAAAUCAUAUGAAAUGUAUAUUUUCACUUAUGCUUUGAAUCUCCUAAUACAUAUGUUCAAGUAAGAAUUCUUUUACAAGAGUGUCCAUUUGAGGACUUUUAUCCAUUGCAUCUUCCAUAUUUGACUCAAAAUCAGCUCACAAGAGUUGAUAAAUAAUGGAACAAAAUGUAAUGUAUUACAUAUGUGUCACAAAUAUACAGAAGGCAAAUAUCAAUGUGCUUUAUUUAUGUCUUAAUAGUCUAGUCAGUGUAAGGCUAUGCAGAAGCCAUUUUAUAACAAAUGUAUUGUAUAUGGCCAAAUGAGUAUCUCAACUCCCAUCAUUGUCAUAUGAUUUCAAUGAUUUUACAGAUGUUUUAUGCCUUUUUCAUAUUUUAGAGAUUCUUUAUGAAUCAUGCAUGAAAGAUCCAUGUCAGAAUUUAGCCAUAUUCUAUUUUAUUAGUAGCCCUAAACUAUCUCAUUACAGAAUAAAGAUUCAAGAUCCUAAA